AGAAGACAGACACGACAUGUAAGAUCUACCGUUUACUUACCACAGUGAAUGAAGUCUAGGCCGCCGCCAGACACAACACAGUAUAGGUAAGAUCGGUGAAAGGAGCACCAGUUGAGCGAAUUUGUCCAGUCGUCCAGUCAGCCAGUCGUCGAUACUGUUCAGUAGUAGGUAUAGUAGCCAACAAGUGCGAGUCUACAAUCGCGAAUCGAGAGUGAAACUGCUGGCUCGGCUCGAGUGAAAACAUGGUGGUAGUAUCGAAAUCCUUUACGUGGCACACGACGUUAUGCGGUGCGUUGCUUGCGUUCGGCCUCCUUGGCGGCUACCUGGUCCAGCUGGUUGGAUCACAGGAGGCGCCGCAGCAGCAAGAGGAAAGACCCUGGUACGAGGCCCUUCCGGCCGUCGCCAUGGACUACAAAGUGCACAUCGAAGCAGGCAAGGAGGACUGCUACUACCAGUACGUGCAACCCGGUAGCACUUUCUAUGUUAGCUUUCAGGUGAUCCGCGGAGGAGACGGAAUGGCCGGUUUUGCGGUGCGCAACCCCCGCGGUGAAAUCGUACACCCAUACCAGUGGCAGGCGUCCAGUGAUUACACAGAUGGUGCCUCGAUGGGAGGCUACUAUGCCGUCUGUAUUGACAAUCAGUUCGCCAAGUUUGCCAGCAAGAUGGUCAACCUGUACCUGACCGUGAUUCGGUACGACGAAUGGGAGAAGUACACGAAGGAAAUCGAAGAUCUCAACGUCAACAUGAACAACUUCACGAACACGAUAUCCACCGUGGAGCGCAAUCUGAAUGCCAUGUUCCAGCACCAGGCGUACUCGCGCAACCAGGAAGCCCGCGACUACGCCCUGAUCGUCGACAACAACUCCUACGUGCAAAAGUGGUCCCUGCUGCAGAUCGUGGUCAUCGUCCUGACCACCUCGGUCCAGGUGUACUUUGUGCGGAAGCUGUUCGACGUCAAAACCGGCAACAGCAAGAUGGGAAUCUAGAUCUAGAUUCAAGGCGACUACAACGAAGCGAAUCCAGUAGGGUUGUGACGAUAGAGAAUUUUUCAUAUUAGGGGUACCUACCUAGCUGCCUACCACCAUUCCAAGUUUCGGAGAAACCGAGCACAAUUUGCAGUUAUUCGAGGGGGAGUUACAAUAGGUUACACAAAAGUCUCGAAGUGGAUUCGAGACGAUCACCGCAGACGCAGAAGGAGCGAUUUCGUUCAAAUUAGUUUUGUUAUUUUGAGAUUUUUCAACAACUGUAUUAGUUUAUUGUUAGUUCCAGUGGGUUCAAAUUCGCACAAAUCGCGCGAAUUGAUCGUAUCGCCGGUCAUUUGACCUGUGCGGGUUGUACUUUGUAUUUGUCACUUCAAAAGUGAUUCCGGUGAAAAUGAUGUUUUAUUGUUCGUCCAUUCGAGUAGAGGAAAGCUGAAAAAAAAAAUCAAAUAAUAACGACUGAAAACGAAACA